CCUGAAUGAUAACCUGGCUAUGUCCUAAAUAGACGGUCGUGUUUGCUACUUUAGGUACUUUUUAAAUGGGCUCUUAUACCUAGGUACAACCUCAAGAAGUGACGAGCCGCUCAUAAUGGCAUUUCGCAUGAGAACAUUCCGCACGGUAAGGGAUAUACUAGUCUAGAGGUAUAACAUGUAUACGUAUGAUAUAUCGUACCUAUGCAGUGCAACUGCUUCGUGGCGGUCGGUCAGUAUCCUCUAAGCGAAGAAUACUAUUCUAUCUUAACGCCACGAUCCUAGUGUUCACCGCUUCUCUCAUUUGUCGGUAUUUAUCCAAGCCCUUUCGCCCUCUAUUGAAGCAAAGAAAUCAAAGCCAAGCACAAGAAUUCCCAACCCACCUCAUCAACAAGUCUACACAAUGUCGUCAGCUACUCGCCAGGCACUCCACAGCGCGCAAAACGCACUGAAUUCGAGCGAUCCAUUACCUGUGAAGACCGAGGAGAUUACCGCGGAAUGGUGCACUAAGAUCAUAGGACAAAAAGUCAAAUCUGUUGCAAUUGUGAAGGAAAUCCACUCGACAUCAAGCAAAAUCCUUAUCGACCUAAUUUACGAAGAUGGUGUAAACACCGCCGAUGUACCGACUCAGGUUUGUGUCAAGGGAGGCUUCAACGCCCCUUUGAUAGCUCUUCACCCUGGCCUCUCCUGGACAUAUCGCCGGGAGGCCGAGUUUUAUUACCAUCUCCGCCCUAUCCUCACCAUGGACCUACCGAAAGUCUGGUACUGUGGUACCGACAAAGCUAGUGGACAAGGCCUUGUCGUCAUGGCUAACCUAGCUGCUGAAGGCUGUCAGUUUGGCGAGCCAUUGAACCCAUGGCCGGUCGACAGAGUCCGCGCUGGGGUCGAGCAACUCGCAGCACUACACUCACAGACAUGGGGUGCUUCCGAGGAGCGAUUCCCCUGGCUUUCCGGGGACAAGGCUAUGGGUGGGAGUCCACUUCAGGGGAUGAUUCUCUCAUUGAUUAGCCCAGCAGCAUGGGACUUACGAUUUAAUACUUCUGCGCCACCACCCUUGCGGAAGGAUGUGGCGAAUCGGGAGCGAUUGGAGAGAGCCUUCAAGACCAUGUGGGCAACGGAAAAUCCGAAGCUAAAAUGCAUUAUCCAUGGCGACUCACACAUCGGAAAUACUUUCAUCAGGCCUGAUGGCCAACCUGGAUUUAUUGACUGGCAGGCGCCUUACGCAGGUGUCAACUUACAUGAUGUGUCGUACUUCAUUACUGGUGUCAUGACUAUCGAAGAGCGUAGAAAGCAUGAGACCGACCUAAUCAAACACUAUCUGAAGGCACUUCACGAAGGGGGUGGCCCCAAGUUCGAUUUAGAAGAUAUAUGGGAUGACUACAGGAAGCACACGUUGCAUGGGUUAGCAUGGGCACUCACCGGGGCAGGGAUGCAGCCAGACGAAAAUGUUUUCGCUAUGACGGAACGUCAUUCGGCAGCAGUGGAAGAUCACAAAACAUUGGAGUUGUUGGAGUCGCUUCCUGAGUAUGUAAAAGAGUAGUCUAGAUUCUCUCACCGAUUUUCUACUAGCAAGUAUUUUGAAUGUACUAGGGUUUACUAUAGAUAGCUUAGAUACCUUAGGUAGUUAAUCUAAUGUUGACAUAA